GUCCCCUUGUUUCUAGUGGUCCUCAAGAAGACAACACAGCCAACGCUGCUGCAGAAAAAGCAGGGCAUGGACGAAGGGAGGAAAUGAGCCAAGACACGCCAUUAAGUGGAGCAGCGUGGGGUCCCCUAUCAUGUCAGCAAGGGCUAUACAUGUUCCCUUCCCAUUGGUGGUGUUGUCUCCUCUGUGUCACAACUUUGGCUCUAGUAAUAAAGAAGGAAGGUGGCUACUACAAUCAUUGUACGGGAGGAUGUGUGCAACUGGACUACUUAAAGCACAAUUUCUUCUUCAUCAGUAGCAGACGUCAUACUCUUGAGCAACACAAAGCACUCUUUCCUACUUGUUUCCAUUGCUGACGAUGAUAACCUUGAGCUUCUAGUUCACUACCAUCUCCAUUUGUAUGUCCAACUAUCUUGUUAGUUGUAGUUUCAUCGCGGAUCUAGAACAGCUGCUAUUACUAGCAGCAACAGCUUCAGAGGUGCUCAAGUCGCCGUAUUGUAUGCCGAUGGAGGUUGACGCUGCAUACUCACUGCCGCAAGAUUCACAAAUUGAGACGCCAAAAGCUCUGCCUUCAAUCGAGGACAGGAUACGAUUUCUAGUCUUGAGCUGCUCAGACUGGUGGAUCUAUGCCCUGUUCUGGCGCACCACUUAUGAUUUCGCCGGCGGGCUGGUCAUGACCUCUGAUUCUGGCUAUUAUAGAGGCCAUAAGGGCAGUGAGACCAACAAGAUGAAGCUAGAAGAGGAAUGCCACAAUGAAUUCCAAUACUAUCAACUUCAUCAUCGUCAACAGCAACAACAAACGAAAGGAGGACAAAUUCAACAAGCUGGCUUCGAGAUGCCUGGGUUGGAAGAUACCAAAGAGGUGUCCAGUAUGGAGUGGUUCUACUGCAGCUCGAUUGGCCUUCGUAUCUGUUGUGGGGAUGGACUCCCUGUGCAAUCUUUUGCUUUUGGGUCAUCAAUCUGGUUGGCUGGUGCAGGUGAGCUCCAGAGUUACAACUGUGACAGGACCAAAGAAGCCCAGCUUCAUGGGAUCCAGACCCUUGUGUGUAUUCCAACAGGAGAAGGUGUCAUAGAAUUGGGUUCUGCGGAUAUCAUUCCAGAGAGCCAAAAUUUUAUUCUGUCCACCAAGUCUUUGUUCAUGCCAUACACGUUAUUGGAGGAAAUCAACCCAGUUAUUGGUAAAGAGGAACUCCAAACUGUGAACCAAGAUGGCAUCUCUAAUGCUUCAUUUGCUGCAGUUGACAGUAAGACUGCAGCGUCCUCCAGUGUCGAUUCCAAGCAGUCGUCGGUGCAGAACGUUCUGCCUGCGCUGCCAGAGAAGCGGCUAAGGAAGCGUGGAAGAAGGCCUUCAUUAAGUAAACAAAACUCUCCAUUCAACCAUGUCGAAGCCGAGCGCAACAGGAGAGAAAAGCUGAACCACAGGUUCUAUGCAUUGAGAGCCGCAGUGCCGAAUGUGUCAAAGAUGGACAAGGCCUCAUUGCUUGCAGACGCCGUCUCCUACAUCAAUGAGCUCAAGAGCAAGGUGGACGCCCUGGAGCUGGAGCUGGGGAAACAGAAAGAAAUGACUCCUGUGAAAAGUCUCAGCAUUAAACACGAUGGUGGCUGCACCAUUGAUAGAAGCAGUGAAAUUGACAAUGACUGCAACUCACAGAUGGAAUUGGAUGUAAAGGUUCUUGGUUUAGAUGCCAUGAUCAAAGUUACGAGUAAAUGCAACACAAGCUGCGCAGUAAAAGUGAUGAGUGCGCUCGAGGACUUAGGACUGAAGGUGGACCACAUGAAUAUCUGCAGAUUGAAGGACGUGAUGGUUCAAGAUGUGUUCGUAAGACUGCCCAAUACUUUGGAGACAGAAGAAAAUACACUGAAAGCAGAAUUGGUUAAGAAAAUUGAAAGUAGUUGAAUCCUCUGCUUUUCAUAACCAGCUCUUCUUUUUGUCGGUUUCAGUCGCCCUACUGGACACUGUGAUAUUCCAGAAGGGUAAUGACGCUGUUCACAUGCUGCCAUGCAUAGUGGUGAUAUUCCAGAAGGGCAUGUCUAGUUGCGAGUAGUGGAGAUAGUAACCCUGCUUGGUUGUCCUUUUUCUAAUUAUGAACGAAAGAAACUUUGUGUA